AUCUCUCUCUCUCUCUCUCUCUCUCUCUCUCUCGUCACUCCGCCUAGUCAGAGAAAUCCAACAAUGGCUGCUCUUCAGAGCUCAUUUAGCUCGCUCAAUCUCGGCCCCAGUUCCUUCCUCGGAAAAAGCGUCGCUCCCUCCCUUCACCUGCCCCUUGUUAAGUUAACAGAGCAGCCGACUUCAAUUGUCGCCAAGCUUAAACGAUGGGAGAGGAAAGAGUGCAAACCAAACAGUUUACCGGUGCUACAUAAAAUGCACGUUAAACUCGGAGAUACUGUAAAAGUCAUUUCUGGAAAGGACAAAGGUAAAGUCGGCGAGGUUAGCAAAAUUUUCACGCAUAAUAGCAGCAUUGUGAUUAAAGAUAUUAACUUGAAGACAAAGCAUGUUAAGAGCAAGGGAGAGGAUGAACCUGGGCAGAUAAUCAAGAUUGAAGCCCCUAUUCACAGCUCAAAUGUUAUGCUUUAUUCGAAAGAGAAGGAGGUGGUGAGCAGGGUUGGUCAUAAAACCUUGGAUGAUGGUAAACGUGUUCGUUACCUAAUAAAGACUGGAGAAAUCAUUGACAGUGCGGAGAACUGGAAGAGAGUGGCUAAAGAAAAAGAGAAAGCAACAGAAUUAGCUGCUGCCUCUUAGGAGACCAGGUUCUAUAAUUCCAUUCGAUAUAUCCCAGCAUGUAACAAUCUAGGAUCUACGAUUUGUACUCCUUCAUUUAUUCUUUGACUUACAUUCAAAGGACACACUUUUGUUCCUUCUCAAAUCCUAGUAUGAUAAAAUUUUGUUGGAUGUGAA